AUGUCUGAUCUAGAUGAGGAGCUCUUGGAUAUGGUCGGCGGCGACUCGGAGGACGAGAGUGUCGACGACUUGGAUAGGCUUGACGAGGUCGACGCCGAUGAGCAGCGCUCUCCCAGUCAAGAGGCGAAGCAGAGCGUCGAGAAGGCCGAGGAGCCGCAAGCUGUUAGGAGAGGCGUUGCUCAGAAGGUCAAGGCGCGCCGCGGCCGACGACGCAAGCAGGAGAGCGAAGACGAGGAUGCUGCUGGGUAUGUCUCACAAACCAUCCCAGCUACGCCCUUGACGUGACUGUCGGCACUUCGCGCGUCCAGACAGCCCAUCCUGCUAGUUGUUGCUGCUACAUGUUGCUUUUAGUCGCUACGUCUCUUCUCAGUGCUGCUGCUGACCCCUCCUGCAGAUCUCCUGGCCGCGAGCCAUCUCUCGGCUCGGGCGGUAUCGACGAAUCCGAAGGCGAAGUUGACGGUCGUAGAACACCAGAAGAGAACACCACGCAGUACCCGCUUGAGGGCAAAUACAUGUCUCCUGGAGAUCGCGAAUACGUCAUGUCGCUGCCUGAGGUCGAGCGAGAAGCCAUACUUGCAGAGCGCGCCGAAGAAGAGCAGAAGAGGAAGCAAGAUGCCAUGCUGAGGAAAGCAUUUGCGCAGAGCAAUGCAGCAAGCAAGAUCAAGCGCAAGGCUGAGGCAGCGGAGCUUGAGGAUGACAAUAGGAGAACGACGCGACCAAAAACACAGAAGCGGACCGCUUUAGAUGACUACAAGAGAGCCCGCGAGCAGAAGGGCGCUGAUCGUGGUCGAAGGGAUACCGCGCGAGACCGGAAAGAUGAACGCUCGCCAUCUUCGGCCUCUGAUCGCGACGCCGAUGGCGAGAGCGAGGUGGAGUGGGCAGAGCCAACAUCCUCAAGUCGUCCGGACCCACCACCGGAGCUGAGGGACUUCGAGAGGUGCAGAGUCGGUCGCUCCAACUUUGCCAAGGUCUGCUUCUAUCCCGGAUUUGAAGAGGCAAUCAAAGGCUGCUUCGCCAGACUUAGCAUCGGCAUCAACCGAGAGACCGGACAGAACCAGUACCGAAUGGCUCAGAUUAGAGGCUUCGCGGAUGGCAAACCUUACCAGAUGGAGAACGCCAGCGGCAAGCGCUUUACGAUAGACCAGUACGCACUUGUUGCUCAAGGACCUCAUGAGAAGACAUUCCCAUUCGCUGCCUGCUCGGACAGCAAAUUCACGGAGAGCGAGUACACACGCUUCACAGAGACGCUGCGCAAAGAGAACAUGCGCAUCCCGCCCAAGAAGUUUCUGGCCCACAAGCUGGAGGCUAUCCACGGUUUGCUCAACACACAAUUUACGGAAGAGACGCUGCAGCAGAAGUUUGCCAACCAGCGAGCUAUGGAACUCAAGCACGACCCUGUCCACGUCGCGAAGCAGAAGCGUAAGGGUAUCGCCAGACGUCGCGCAGAGGCCGAGCAGAAUGGAGAUGAAGAGGAGAUCCAGCGCUGCGACGAGGAGCUCGAGGCUCUCGACAACAGCGCUUCCAAUAUGAAUGGCGCCGUCAAACCCAAGUCCAGCCCGGCGAAAGCCAUGCACACCGACCGUCUCGCCCAGCUCAACCAGACCAAUCGCAGGAAGACUACACAGGACGUUCGCAACGCUCUCAUCGCCGAGCGGAAACAGCGUCUCAAGGAACGCGAAGAGGCCGCUCGGUUGAAGAAAGAAGCCGACGCCGCGAAAGCCAAUGGACAAGCCAAGUCGCACAUGAAGGACCUCUUCGGCGAGACGCCGGAUGUCAGCCGUGCUGGCACUCCCGCGAACGGUGCUGAUACCCCAAAGAAGAAUCGGGCUAAUACCCCGCUCCUUGCCAUCAAGAAGGGGCCCGUCGGUGCUCUGAAGCAGAAGAGUCUGGACGACGAUGUUAUUGGUGGACUGGACUUGGGUAUUGAUGUUGAGAUUUGA